CAUUUGAUAUCAUUCGAGUUCGAGUUUGGUCGUUAUUUUGCGUUGCGCGUUAAAGAGUGAAGUAAGGACGUAACAAUAGAUGGUUAAAUAAUAAGUAAAAACCAUCGAUACUUUCUCUUAUUGAAUAGUCAUACAGUUUUAAGUUUGUAACCAACGAAGAGGAGCAAAACAACACAACCAAGAUGUCUGUAGGUUGGAGCUGCCUGCCGUUGCUGCCUCUGGGCUGCAUCCUGGAGCACCUGAGCCUGGAGGAUGCUCUAGCCGCCAUGUCCACCAGCCGGCACUGGCGCAGUGGCCUGCUCAUGUAUGAAGGACGGAGGAAAACUCUCAAGCUCAACGCGAAACAGUUGGACAAAUGCGCGUUCCUAGCCCGAAUAUUCAAGAAACACACAAACGUACUGCAGAUACACGUCGCGGACUGCAGCCAGGCGGAGCUCACGCAGUUCAUGCACAAAGUUAUGCCACAAUUCUUCGACACACUGCAGCUGCAAGAGAUAGUAUUCAUAGGACCAGGAUGCGUGCAGAUGGUUCAUAGCAAUGUCAAACUAGACAGAGUAAUUAUAGAGAGCCUGUUAUUCAAACAUUCCCACAGCAUAAGGAAUUUUGCCCUGAUCAGCUGCGAAAUGGACGCCGUAGAUGACAAGAAGACGAAACAAAUACACUACAACGUGGAGUUAUACUCGCGCGGGCUCCGCUUCGACCCUUCAUCACCAGCUGACGCGAUAUUAUCAAGAUUCAACGCUGAGGCGAUGAUGUUUUCCAGUUUACAGCACAUACUAGUAGACUACGACCUGGUCACCACAGAAACUCUAGAGACCCUCUCGCAGCUCACAUCAUUCAGCCAACUAAGCAUCAUCAUAUGCAAUAAGAAAUUAGCACAUUCCGUGGAUUGGAACAGGGUGCAGACUUGCUACCCUAAUGGGUUAGACGUCGCCGUUAAUUUGAUUGGAUUAUCAGAAAAGAAGAUUGACGAAGUGAUGGAGACCGUUUUAGUGGAGGGGCUGACUCUUACAUCGCUCAAACUGCUGUUUUGUAAAACUUUAUAUCCGCCUCUGAUAAAUCACGUGUUGCGGCUACACAAGGACUCGUUACGCGAGUUCGUCGUGGUGGACGCGCCCCAUGAGUCCUGUCAGCGCGUCAUACGACCACUACGUGUUCUCGACUAUGAAGCGUGCGUGAAUCCGAUCAUAUUGAUGUGCUGGCAGUGUACGCAACUAAGAAGACUUAUAAUACAUGGCUACUGGGUGUGGCAAUACGACGUGCUGGGCUUCGUGCGGCUCCGCAAGUCGCUGUCGCAGCUGGAGGUGUCGGCCGUGUACGGGCGCACGCGUCGCCCGCAGCAGUCCGCCCUGGCGCGCGUGCACGUCAGCGACGCUCCGGACACUCUCGACGCCAGCUUUGUUAGGCAAGUGAACGAGUUCACGGAGUUCAAAUGGAAACCUUGCCCGUGGUCGCGCCUGCACCCCGGCCUGCGCGCGCGCGCCGCGCCCGCGCAGCGCGCCGCCUACGCGCUCCACGAGGCGCGCCGGCCUCUCGGCGUCACGUUGCAUUCUCAAAAAUGAGAGUGCCAAAUCAACGUGACAUCGAAGCCUGGCAGUGUGAGCAAAAAUUACGAAAAAUCGAACAUCGGCGGUACGAUUGACCAAAAUGAUUAAAGGUAACGUUAAAGGCCAGCGCACACCAGCUGCGUGUCCGUAGACGUAGAACGUGCGCGUACGCUAAAAUGUUGCGAGCCGUGCACGCACACGUCAUGCAUGCGGUGUGCCGUCUUUCUAAGAAUCUGUAUAUUACAACGCGCACGUCUACGCACACGCAUCCAGUGUGCACAGCACACUGCACAGGCCUUAAAUCAACAUGUACCUGUAAUAAGUAGGAAAAAAUGGUGGUGAAAAAAAUGCAACCUGUAUAAAACAGCUCUCCUGAUCGCUUUGAAAUUUAAAUAUCUUAUAAAGAAAUUUAUACUAAAUACUGAAGGGCCUAAAUCAGUCCUUUAUUAAAUGUACCUCUUAUAAAGGGACAAGUUAACGAUAACCGCUUUAAAAAAUCAUAGACAAAGCAAUCUUUGCAUAGUUAGAAUAUCAAACAAAGUUCCUGAUACAUAUUUCUUUUAUAACUAUGUAGUAUAAUACCGUAAAGCAAUUUAAAAUUCAACACAGCUUAAAUUUUCAAUGAAAAUUACGCGCUUAACAUACGAAGUGAAGUGACUUAGAAAUAAGAUGAGAACAAAGUCAAUUGCCACCAAACUACUUACACAAAUAAACUGUAUUCAAUAACUUGUCUAAAGAAUCGAAUUUAUGUGUGAUAGAAAGUAUAUAAAAUUAAGAAUAAGCUGUGUGAAUAUCGGUAUGUACUUACUUACCUUAAUAGCAACUCGAAAAAUUAACUUUAAAGUCAUCGUAACAGGGUUGAUUUUUCGAGAUCAUUUAAUAUUCAUACAGCAAAGUCCCCACCUCGAAUAAGGAAACAAAAGCUUUAAAAUGGCGAGUUUUGAAUACAGUUUUCGUAAUACUAUAACAAAAGAGGUUUCUAGAAAUAGUAGCGUAAUUAUUAGACGUAGUGAAAAAGGGAAAGUCGGGCUCUGUUCAGAAAAAUCUGCGAUAACGCGCGCUUUUCUAGUUUGUACACUUUUAAAAGUAGUAUUUCGUGGCGGCUUUUAUAUCUUUUGUAUAAGCUACGUUAAAUGUUAAUUGAAUUGUGGAAACUAUUCCCAAAUCAACAUUUUUUAUUAUUAAUCUAUAUCGUGUUUAUAAAACGAACCGAAAUACAAUCGCAAGACAUCGAAGGACGCUUGAUGCUGUCGCUGUCUUCGGAGAUAAGAGUGACGUGGCGCAUCUUUGUAGAGACCUACUUUUCUAUUUUCACUAUGUUUUAGAGAACAUUGAGAAAAGCCGAAUGAUAUGUUUACUGGCAACAUCUCUCAAAAUAGCGAAUUUAUCAUGUAGUUGUAAUAAUGCAAUGUUAACAUUGAUAUAUUCACGUAAUUCACGCCAAAAGGGGGCCAAUCUCCGACUUGGGCUUACAUCCGAAAUGUCGAUUCGGUAAGUUGUGUGAUAAUAACAGAUUGUGAUAUCAUUAAGCGAAUGGAGUAAGAUUGGAGUCGCACGAUAUGUUAGCUAAACCGACGUGCGUGUAUAUGUAUAAAAACUGUUGUUAUAUCUUUUGGUGUGGCUAAACAUCUAGUCAAAGGCCCGCGUAUUGUAAAUAUCUAAUCUACACAUUAAUACCACAAGCGGGCCCAAACAUUGCGCAAACAUAAAGGUAUUACAAAUACAUAUAAAAUAUAUCAACUGUGUAGCUUUAAGAGAAAAAUCUCAUGACUGUAUCAAAUACAGUUAUUUUAUUAUACACACCACCGUGCCACUGCUAUUGCAAAGACGAUCAAGAAUUUCCAAAACUUCAAAUGAGCCCUGUUCUAGGUAUCUAUUAAUAUUUUAGUGUAAACAUUUUAAGAAAUGCAGGUAGAAUAGAAGAGGGCAUAUGACAGCAUUUAUCACCGGUUGAUCAGUGACAUUUUACGUAGUUGGGGCGUGCUUGCGUUGCGUAAUACCCGAGUAAUUUAUUUAUUACAGCUUAUUAAAUUAAUUGAAGCAUCUGUUCGUGGAAGAACCUCUUAUUCGAAAACAUUUCUUAUUAACUUAUUUGUUUUCAACGUAUUAGGGUAUAUCCCAUCUAAAGAUUUGUUGGAAUUUAAUUCAAUUUAAAUAUCGUGUUGAAAAAAAUAGGUAUUUUAAAUACUAUACGCGAAUAAAUAUACGCGAACACGUCCUAGCGCCAAAAGAACCUCAGUAUUCUGCGAUUUAUAACUGCACUUCAAUAAGCGCAUUGGACACAGUCAUGACGAAAGUGCAUUUUGUAUCGGUGGAGAGGCAAAAGCUCAAAAAUGUCAUUGAUUAUUAGUAAAGAGUAGCAAUGUUAGUGACAAUUUGUUGUAAAAUACCUUUCUGGUGCAGAAGUUUUAUCAAUACCGUAACAUGAGGUUAUUUUGAUCACUUUAACACAAGAUGGAGAAGGCAACUUACAAAUAGAAACUAAUAAUCUAAGUUUACGCAGUUCUGCAAUGAGAUAAAACUCGAAAAUUUGGCCAUUAGAAAAUGGUUCAAGGAAAGCAAAAAAAUAAAAACGCUAUUCGAACAGCUUUGUAAGGGCCUUGCGCAUUCCAGGGUUAGCCAACUAACUCGGAGUUAACCGUUUAUACAGUCCUUUUAUACAGGGUUAAACUAUACUGUAAAAACUACUGUACUGUUAGUUGGCUAACCUUUUUUUUUACGUGCAGUAAUGCAUUUAGGCAUUCCGCCUAGCCGGGAAACUACACUCGGGUGAACUCUUUCUCAUUGACAGGACACCUUGUGCGGAACCCUCUAAACCCCUCCCCCCCCCACGACAGGACAUUGGCAGCACCGGUAAGCAUUUACCUGGAAACCAAGAGAUUUCUUACCAUUGCCCUCGAGGCGCACCGUCCAAGAACCCUUCCCUUUCCCCCGGAUCAGCUGAUCAUGAGGAAUGAGAAGGGUCUCGGCACUCUAGGAGGUUUUCUGUCCGUAGCACCCCUAGUUGGCUAACCCUGGAACGCGCAAGUGGCCCCAAAGUCGCGAAAACCAAAGUAACCUCGGUGUACGGUACCGAAAAACAAACAUUUUAUUAUCACUGACGUUUAAAUUUAGCAACGCUCAAUUUUACUUGCCUUAGAGAAAGCGCCGUUCGGACGAAUCAAAUCGAACUGACAUUAGAGCAAUACACAAUUUUAUUUAUUAGUGUUUUGAUUACUUUCAAUAUAAUAUAUGAAUCAACAUCCGUCCCUAAA